AUUUUUCGACCGAUAAAAAUAAAAAUCAUGAUCAAGACAAUCUUCGUAUUGUCGCUAACAAUCCACUCAAUAUUCUGCGGAUGCGGUGUACCAGCCGGCGAUCCGUCUACAACGACCAAAAUCCCCACUGAACCACCUACCACUACAACCGAGAAAAAGAAUCUUGAAGAACGAAUUGUACCAGUGACUGUGUUGCAAGGUGAGCACGUGGCUCAGGAGAACACGACAACAACGAUUCAAACAACUACAACCCCAAUUCAAAAGUGCAAGUGCAGAUCCAUUCCAACUUUGUUUGCAAAUCCCGAGAACACCGACUACACCGAAGGACAAGGAUGCUUCGGGCAUAGCAUCAAAUGCACCAGUCAGCCAUUGACAUUCAUCACCAAUUGGUGGAACAAUACUAGUAUCAGGCAAACUUAUCUAGACAUACAUACCCAGAAUACCACUUUUUACACCGACACUGUGAUGCACAGCGACAAGUCAACCUUCGGACACCACCUCGACCUCUUCUCGUUCCUCGAUUUCAGAUGCGGCUACCAAAACGAGUGGUACAUUUACAAGAUGCCAUACAGCCUCUCGAUCAUCACUACGGCAAAUCAACGCGUUAACAAUGCCGAUCUUCCGCCAGAGAGUUUGCCUGCUAAUAAUGAAGUCUUCAAUGCCAGAGUUCAGAGAAUCAACUGUGGACCAAGGGAUUUUCACGUCUGAUAAAUUGUUCAUAACGUGCAAUUUUACGAAUAAAGCAUUUAAUCAUUUC